UGCCAUGGAGACCGGGCGAGCCGAGGACCGCCGUUCAGCCCGGUCUGAGUCCUACGGCUUUUCCGAGGCAGCGUGGACGCCAUCCUCACCUCCGGCCCGAACCCGCAGUCCCAGCCAGUCCGCGCGGCUGUCCUCCCUCGCCUACCCUGAGACUUUCCAUUACGGCUUCAGGAGUCGGUCCCGCCGCGUCUCGUCGCUGGCGCCUCUCCUGGAGCCGCAACUGCUGCGUCUACGCCCCACCUCGCUGCGCACCCAAGACAUCUCGUACUUGCUCACUGGCGUCUUCCGAAAUUUGUACACGGCUGAGGUGAUCGGUGAAGACGUGAGCACAAGUUUGAUCAAGGCCCGCGGCAGCGAGAAUGCGCUCCACGAGGAGUUCGUGGACGAGCUGCAGCAGAUUCGGGAGCUCUAUAAGCAGCGGUUGGAUGAGUUUGAAAUGUUGGAGAGACAUAUCAUUCAGGCCUGUGCACGGGCCUCUGCGGAGAAAGAGCGAGCCAUGCACCAGGCCAAAGUUCACGACCUUGAGCCGAUCAUCAAGAUGCCUCCAGAGAAGACUAUCUUCAGAUGGUGUGUGGACAACGAGUUGCUACAAAAGCAUCAUUUGAUCUGCCCGGACGACUACUACAAAGAUACCAUGCCAUUUUGCUCUGCGCCCAAAGGAAACCUCGCCCCUGGCUAUUUAAAACUGACGUUCAGUUGUGAGAAGCGUUCCGUCGCCAGGAAAGAGCUGACCGAGAAGCUCAAAGCUUCAUUCAGGAAGACACGCACGAGGUCUGAGGACGAGUCGGACUACACUGUGGACAGCCUGCCGUGGGACUCAUCUCUGAAGGCCAAACUCAGAACCAAAGAAACUGCCAAGAAAGCAAGUCCACCAAAGAAUAAAAACUGGAUGAACCAUUUACGUGUGCCACAGAGACAAUUGGAGCGACUUCUCCUUGCCAGAAUGGAGAGUCGGAACCACUUCCUAAAAAACCCUCGGUUUUUCCCUCCUAACACUUCACACGGAGGCAGGUCUCUUAUCUUUCCUCCUCGGAAGGCCAAGCCCGCAGAAUUCCCGAGAGGAGAGCAGGGACAGAGUUGUAUGGACACCCCAGUGUUCCUCGCCAAGCCGCCCGUCGCAUUUUUCACCGAUUAUGAAAUUGGAUCAGCUUAUAAGAUGGUCAUCGCCCUGCAGAACACCACUGCCACCAGCCGCUACCUGCGAGUCAUCCCGCCCUCCACGCCCUACUUCUCUCUGGGAUUGGGAAUGUUCCCAGGGAAAGGUGGAAUGGUGGCUCCUGGAAUGACCUGCCAGUACAUUGUCCAGUUUUGCCCCGACUGCCUGGGGGAUUUCGAUGACUUCAUCUUGGUGGAGACCCAGUCCUCCCACAGCCUCCUCAUCCCGCUGCAGGCCCGGAGGCCGCCCCCGGUGCUCACGCUGCCGCCGGUGUUGGACUGUGGUUACUGCCUCGUUGGGGGAAUGAAGGCGAGCAGAUUCCUCUGCAAAAACGUGGGCUUCAGUGCUGGCAAGUUCUGUGUCAUGCCUAAGAAGAGCUGGCCACCGCCGAGCUUCAGGGCUAUUGCAACCACUGGCUUUGUUGAGCAACCUCCCUUUGGGAUCAUGCCCUCGGUGUUUGAGCUGGCUCCGGGGCAGGCCGUACCAGUGGAGGUCUUGUUUCUCCCGACGAGCCUGGGAGAGGUGGAGCAGACCUUCAUCAUCACGUGUGACAACUGCCAGAUACAGGAGCUGGUGACCUCAGGAGUUGGGCAGCUGGUUGCUUUGGAUUUGAUCCAUAUUUCUGGUGAGAAGAGUCAGCCAGAGCCUGGGGAGCUCACAGACUUAACAGCCCAGUACUUCAUCCGCUUCGCACCUGAAAACCUUCAGUCCACGGCGAGGAGACAGCUGAUUGUUAGAAACGCUACGCACGUGGCGCUGGCCUUCCACUGGCAGAUCAUGAAGCCCAACCUGAAGUUCCUAAUGCCCGGAGAGACCUACGGCCUGGACAGCGUCCAGUACCACCCUGACAAGGGGACUGCCUUCUCUGUCGCACCCGAGAGGGGCUUGCUCAGCCCCCACGCAGACCACAAGUUCAUCCUGAGCUUCUCUCCUCACAAGCUGAAGGACUUUCACAGUGUGCUCCAGCUGGUGCUAGAGGAAGUCCCCGAGCCCAUGAGUUCAGACCCAGAAAUCUUUUCCAACACCGUGGAUGAUGUGAUCGUCCUGGAAAUCGAGGUGAAAGGCUCAGGAGAACCUUUCCAGGUUCUCUUAGAACCGUAUGCCCUCAUCAUCCCUGGGGAGAACUACAUUGGCAUCAGUGUGAAGAAGGACUUUAAGAUGUGGAACAACAGCAAGUCCUGCAUCAGAUACACGUGGGAGAAGAUCAGCGACUGCCACAUCAUCGAAGUGGAGCCCUGCUCAGGCACCAUCGAGUCCAGUGAAGUCGAGGAUUUUGAGUUGAAGUUUACAGGGGGUGUCCCCGGCCCAACAAGCCAGGACCUGCAGUGUGACAUCAGAUACUCGCCCUCGCCAGUGGUGCUGCACAUCGAAGCGACAUUUAAGGGGCCUGCCCUCGUCAUUGACGUCUCAGCCCUUCAGUUUGGUUUGCUGCGCCUGGGGCAGAAAGCCACAAACACCAUCCAGAUCCAGAACACCAGCCCGCUCCCCGCCGUGUGGUGCCUGAAGGAGAGCCCCGUCUGCCUGGAGGAAAGGCACGAGACUGUGUCUCCUUUCAACCUCGAGCCUUCCAGCGGCCAGGUCCACCCUCUGGGGCAGUGCAGAGUGGAUGUCACCUUGGAGGCGCGGCAGUGCCAGUGUCUGCAGACCGUGCUGGUGCUGGAGGUGGCGAACGGGCCCUGGAGCUACCUCCCUGUGUAUGCCGAGGUCCAGGAGCCCUACGUGUACCUUCAGAGCAGCCAUGUAGAGGUCAGCAGCCUCUACCAAGGUGUGCCCACGACAGUACCCGUCACACUCAUCAACGGCACGCUCCUGCCCACGAGCUUCCACUGGGGCAAGCUCCUGGGGCUCCAAGCAAGCUUCUGCAGAGCAAAGGUCUGCCCCAGACGGGGCACACUGAGCCCUGGUGAGGAGCUGCAGCUUAGUCUGGAGCUGACUGCUCUCACCCAGGACAAGCUGACCGACCUGGCCCUCCCUUGCACCGUGUCAGGCAUGAAGAAGCCGCUGGUUCUGGGCAUUACAGGAAAACCCCAGGGAGUGCAAGUGGGCGUCGCCAUCUCUGCGGAGGACUCUGAUAGGAGUGUCCCCAGUGCAGAGUCGGGGCCAGGCUGCGCGGAGGCCCUCCUCCUGGACUUCGGCUCGACGGUACCGCUGAGGACCCGUGUGAACCGCCAGCUCAUCCUGACCAACUACUCCCCGAUACAGACCCCUUUCACCCUCCAGUUUGAGUACUUCGGGAGCCCUGAGAACAGCCUGAGCCAAAAACCCAACCUCUCCGACAUGUCCCCUGCUCUGCUGAAGACGGCACGGAUUCGCCAGCAGCUGGCCAAGCGGGAGCAGCUGGAUUUUAUGGAAAACAUGUUGUCUCACGGGAAAGGAGCUGCCUUCUUCCCCCACGUCUCCCAGGGCAUCCUGGGGGCCCAUCAGCAGCUCCGCAUCAACAUCACAGGCUGCGCAAACAUGUGGGGCGAGUACUGGGACAGCCUCAUCUGCACGGUGGGGGACCUGCCGCCCUCAGUCAUCCCGGUGCACAUGGCCGUGGUGGGCUGCCCCAUCAGCUCUCAGAGGACCAGCUACAUGGCCCACCAGCCCCAGAAGGAGCCUAUCAUCAGGUUCAACACCCAGGUCUCUGGAGGAAAUACAGUCACCCGGGUCCUUCGCCUGAAUAACUGCAGCCCCUGCGACAUACGCCUGGACUGGGAGACCUAUGCUCCGGAAGAAAAGGAGGACCAGCUGGUGGACCUGCUGGUGUUUUACGGGCCACCUUUCCCGCUGCAGGACCAAGCUGGAAAUGACCUCCUAUCACCUGAGAUCCCAGAGAGCAGCAACUCCCCCCCGUCCCCAAGUCUCUCUCAUGAGUCGUCCAGCCACGAAGCUACCCAGUCUGCCAAGAGCAGCUCCAGGGCCAAUGACAGCCCUUCACAGAUCAUCUCAGUUGUCCUGCAGGGGCAUGAGGGAGUGCCCUCUGACCACCUGUACCGCAUCAGCCCCAAGCAGGUGGUUGUGUGCCUGUGCCAGGUGGUCCCUGCAGGGGGCAGCAGCACCAUCUCCAUCUCCUUCACACCCCUGGUCCUUGGCCCCCUCGUCCUGCACAAGGUGGAGUGUGUUGGCUAUGCCCUUGGCUACAUGAGCUUGGACAACAAGGUGGACAGGGAGCUUCCAGGGAGGAUGCAGCGUCUGCAGGACUUUGCCGUGGGACCUCUGAGGCUGGACCUGCAUAGCUACGUGAGGCCCGCACAGCUAAGCGUGGAGCUGGACUACGGUGGUGGCAUGGAAUUCUGGCACCAGGCCAGUGACCUCAUCCCUGAGCAGCCCUGUUCUGGGGUGCUGAGUGAGCUGGUGACCACCCACCACCUGAAGCUGACCAACACGACAGAUAUCCCACACUACUUCCGGCUCCUGGUUUCCAGGCCCUUCUCCAUUUCUCAAGACAGAGCUAGCCGCAGCCACAGAGCUCCAGGCCCUGUCCACACGGAGUGUGAGGAGGGGUCGGCAGCGGCAGGCAAGCAGCUGGUGCUCCACCCGCACAAGAGUAUGCUGGUGGGCGUGUCCUUCUCACUGUCCCUGGAGCUGCUGUCCUAUCAGAGACUCCCAGCUGACCAGAUGCUGCCUGGAGUGAACAUUCAGCGGAGCGCGAGUGGAGAGAAAGAGAUGGUGUUCACCCAGGAUCUGCUCCUGAAGUACACCAAUCACACCGCUCAGGUGGUGCCCCUGCGGGCCACUGUGGCCGUGCCCGAGCUACAGCUCUCCACCAGCUGGGUGGACUUCGGGACCUGCUUUGUGAAGCAGGAGCACAUCCGGGAGGUCUACCUGAUGAACCUGAGCAGGUCCCGGAGCUACUGGACUGUGCUGAUGGGACAGAAGAAGCCGGACAAGGGCCCUGUGAUCUUCGGGGUCUCCCCAAGCAAUGGACUGCUGGAGGCGAGACCAGUCAAUGGGCCCCCGACCUCCAUCGCCCUGCAGGUUCUCUUUACUGCCAGGAACAAUGAGCUGUACGAGUCCACGCUGGUGGUGGAAGGUGUGCUUGGGGAAAAGGCCUGCACCCUGCAACUCCGGGGCCGAGGCUCUUACGACGAGAGAUUUGUGUCACCCUACCAGCGCUGAGGCUCUGCCCUCAGACCACGCCCCAUGCCCCCCCCCGCCACCCCGACUUCGGAAAUAAACAUAGUGCAGAGGUAAGGAACAGGUGUGCUGUGCAGGGACACACAUGGAGGACCUCCGAGCAGCGCCUGGGAGGGCCCUCCAGAGCACUGGUCUCAGCCGAGGUCCUGCACGCAUGCCCUCGGAGCUCACGGGAAGGGCAGGCAGCACCGCCGUGGAGGCUGUGGCGGUGAAGAAUCUACUCGGACUG